CCAGUAAUCCAUGGCCGACCCCGGUCGCAUCCUACGAGGGUUGGAGAGCACCCGACUCGAGUUGGCCGACGUCUUCGUCUACCUCACCAUCCGAUUCCGGAGCAGUUCGUCGCUUUGCGGAAAUAUAAGCAAUGAGAGCAGCUCUGUCGUCGACGUUGAAGAAAGUAUCCGCCGCGGCAGCCGCGAGGCGGCCUCGUGUUGCGUUUGUAUCAUCCGCCUCCCACCACCACCGCAGCCAUCACCAAAGUAAUAAGUCGACCAAGAAGCGGAAGGACGACUACAUCCUGGGCCCGGAUCUCCCUGACAUCUGGGCCACGCCCGGCUCUAUCUCUCCUCCUGCAGAAUCCGAAAGCGGAGCAACCUUGGCAGUUGAUGCAGAACUGGCACAAACUAUUAUCGAUGGUAAGUCCAUCGCGGAAGAAAUAAAAUUAGGCAUCGCUAAAGAAGUACACCGGAUGAAGGACACGAUCAAGAAAGUUCCUGGACUGGCUGUUGUAUUGGUGGGUCAAAGAAGGGAUUCCCAGACAUAUGUGCGCAACAAAAUAAAGGCUUGUGAGGAGGUUGGAAUAAGAUCUCUGAUGGCAGAAUUAUCUGAAGAAUGUGCAGAAGACGAAGUAUUGAAUGCUGUAUCCGAGUUUAAUCAAGAUCCAUCAGUACACGGAGUCCUUGUACAGCUACCUUUGCCGCAACACAUGGAUGAAGACACAAUUUUGGGUGCUGUAAGUCUGCAAAAGGAUGUUGACGGCUUCCAUCCAUUGAAUAUGGGGAAUCUUGCUUUGAGAGGUAGAGAACCUCUAUUCAUUCCCUGUGCUGCAAAAGCUUGUAUCGAGUUGCUACUCCGGUCGGGUAUCAAACUGAAGGGGAAGAAUGUGGCUGUAAUUGGACGAAGCAAUGUCGUAGGAUUACCGACCACUUUGCUGUUGCAGAGACACCAUGCAACGGUCAGUGUUGUUCAUGCUUUCACGAACAAUCCGGAGGAUGUCACUCGUGUAGCUGAUAUUGUAAUAUCAGCUGCAGGAGUCCCCAACCUGGUACGUGGAAGUUGGCUGAAACGAGGGGCAAUCGUCAUUGAUGUUGGGACAAACCCAAUUGAGGAUCCCAGUUUGGAGCAUGGUUACUAUCUAAGAGGCGAUGUAUGCUACGAGGAAGCGCUGCAGGUGGCAUCAGCUAUAACCCCAGUGCCUGGUGGUGUUGGCCCUGUGACGGUCGCCAUGCUUCUUUCGAACACCCUCGACUCUGCUAAACGAUUUUAUGGGAUAAACGGCAGACCGGCCGGAGAGCUUCAACGCUUCCAGUGAGCCGACGAACAGAUGGCACGGGCAUCAAUGCAGAGAUCAAUAACAGUAGUACUAUGUACGUUGUUGUUUUUGGAUCGUUCCUAAGUCGAUCGCUGCUCAUCUUCGUCGCCUUCGUCAGCCAUGCAUGAACGUACGCGAUGCCGGCGUGCUGCUGCUUCUUUAUGUCGCAAGUAUGCAUCGACAGCAACUUUCACAUGAUGUACCUGAUUACUUUGCUGUACUUUCUCUAGUGUUGACAGGUAUUAUUU